GGGAGACGAGCGAGGAUGACUUCGGAUUUAGAGGAGAGGGUGCGUGCGGCUUUCCGAGACAAGCUGCUAAUGAUGAAAAUCCCUGAACGAGAAGAUGACUUUUUGCCCUCUGCUUGCUGCUUGCUGGAGAAACGGAGGGAACUGGGGGAGGUGGAACAGGCUCUGUUGGCCAAGAACGAGGAAUUUCAGGUGAAGAUGGAAGACCUGCAGCAUCAACGGCAAGAACUGGAGGGCAAGGAGGGGCAGCUCAAAGAGGCCAUUUUAAAGUUUGACAAGUUCCUGAAGGAGAAUGACGCAAAGCGAGGCCGGGCGCUGCUCAAAGCCAGCGGGGAGAAGCGACAAGCAGCCCAGAGAGGGGUGGAAGCAGAGCGCCUCCGGGAGGAGAUUGCACAGUUGCUGGUGGCAAAGGAGAAGCUUCAGGGGCAGCUACAGAGACACAAGGCUUUCCCAGAGUACCUGCGGAAGGUUCUGGAAAAGAUGGAGCAGUUUCAGGACAUCUCAGAGCUGAUUGGCCGGUUCCAGACGCUGAUAGCCACCCAGGCCACCUUGGCCCAGAGGGAGCUCCUUGGGCGCGAAGCUGUGGAGGAAGAGCGUGCCCGCUUGCAAGAGUACGUGGAGGAAAGCACCAACCAGAUCUUGCAGCUAAACAACCAGGUGGCAGAACUGCAGGCCCAGCUAGAGCAAGCCCAGGCCAGGGUCCUGGAACUGGAAUCUAGCUGGAUUUGCAUCCAGAACACCGCUGCUGACAAGACGCUAGAACUUGGACAGAUCAAGUUGGCAGCGCUGAACCUCUUCCAGAUGGUUGCAAAGCACCGGAAGUUGCCGGUUGACGUGCUCCUGGAUGAUACGGACGCCCAACUUGAUGCAAUCCAGCUCUGCAUUGUAGACUUAAUCGACAUCCUGGCCGACUUCCGCAAAGGGGAGCCAAUGUCGUUUCCACAGCCGGAGCCCAUCGCAACGCCUCACUCCGAGCCGGCGCCCAGCUAGCCACACCUCACCGUUCCCCAUAUCUAGUAGUCACAGAUAUACUGCUCCUAGAGAUGGCAGUUCCGUUGCUAGCUGGCUGCUGUAGCUAAUAGCUAUUGAUAAGAACUAGCACCCACAAGGAAGCUGUCUUUUUUUUUAGAAACAGCCCUUUAAACUAGUGGACAUUCCUGAGACUUGGACUAUGCCAUCAACUGCCAAGGAGAAGCUGCACACCAACAUAUCCUUAAUAGACUGUACUUUUUAUAGAUGGCAAUUGGAAGCCACACUGUAAGCCAAUUUUCUUUAUAA